AUGUUAGCUACAGAUAUUAGUGCAAAAUUUUAUCCCGCUAAAGGAGCCAAGCUCUUCAAAGUUCUUGGAGGAGUUCCUGUGAAACCAGAUGAAUUUCCUUUCUUGGCUACUCUCAGGUAUCAUAAAGAUUUAAGGACUGAGAUGUGUGGUGGCGCACUAAUCUCACCGUAUCAUGUACUUACAGCUGCUCAUUGUGUCAUCAGUCUAAACAAAUCAGUUGAGGAAGAAUGUCAGAAACCACGAGUUCUAUCCUCUAAAAGUGAUCUCCUAUUCUUUAAACGUGAUUUAGAGUUGACAUUAAAAUAUUCCAAAUCCAUACCCAAAACUGCACUCAACACAGAACAGUGCAGUUUUGGAAUGGCUCCUUUUGAUGGUGGAGCAACAUGA